CUCUGGGAUCACACAGGCACCACUGCACCUGACAGGCCGUCCCCCCAACCUCUUCUCCUUUCCCCACUGAUUUCAGUCUGGCCAUGUUUGACUGCCCCCUCCGCCUCAGCGACUGCCGCUUCCUCUCGCCUCUCUCCUGAGUGUCCCAGUAUUAAAGUCCAAACCCUUGGUUUCUCCCAAGGCCCUCGUGACCUGAGCUCCUUGUGUGCUGCCAGGCGGGGCCUAUCAUGGCUUCCAGCAGUGUCUGCACCACUGUCCUCCCCUCUGUUGUCCUGACCUCCCUGCAGCCCUGUUCCUCAGACAGGGCUGAACAGCUUCUCCAUGUGCCCGUAGUGUCUUCAGUCCCCAGAAAGAAGGAAAGUUGGACACUGGUACAACAUCGGCAUAUUUGCAGGAGGAAAGAUCUCCCGAGGAUGGUGUCCCACCCAGAACUGAAGCAGCUUUUCUGCACGGCUGAUGCAGUGUGUUUCGACGUGGACAGCACUGUGAUCAGAGAGGAGGGGAUCGACGAGCUGGCCAGGUUCUGCGGCGUUGAGGAUGCUGUGUCAGAAAUGACACGGAGAGCCAUGGGUGGGGCAGUGCCUUUCAGAGCUGCGCUCACUGAGCGCCUGGCACUGAUCCAGCCCUCCAGGGAGCAGGUGCAAAGGCUCCUGGCAGAGCACCCCCCACACCUGACACCCGGCAUCAGGGAGCUGGUCAGUCGCCUGCAGGAGCGGAACGUCCAGGUCUUCCUCAUCUCUGGUGGCUUUCGGAGCAUUGUAGAGCACGUUGCUGCCAAGCUCAACAUCCCUGCAGCCAAUGUCUUUGCCAACAGGCUGAAAUUCUACUUUAACGGUGAAUAUGCAGGUUUUGAUGAGACACAGCCAACGGCCGAUUCUGGUGGGAAAGGAAAAGUUAUUAAAUUUCUAAAGGAAAAAUUUCACUUUAAGAAAAUAAUCAUGAUUGGAGAUGGAGCCACAGACAUGGAAGCCUGUCCUCCUGCUGAUGUUUUCAUUGGAUUUGGAGGAAAUGUGAUCAGGCAGCAGGUGAAGGACAACGCCAGAUGGUACAUCACUGAUUUUGUGGAGCUCUUGGGGGAUCUCGAAGAAUAAUCUCCAUAUUUUUACACAGCUCGUGACAACUUCAGAUUAAUUUUUACAAGUUACACAGAUUGAUACUAUUUGAUUACAGUUGCCUGUGACAACUUAAUAUAUAAAGUCGGUACUGAUUUUCUAUAUGUUCAAGUAAAUUAUAGUUAGGACUCCUAGAAGAUUGCUUUCUUUUUCUUUUUUAACUGUAGUCUAGUAUUUUUAUGACCAUCAAUUACCUAGAGAGUUGUAUUAUCUGAAUUCCUGUGUACCAUACCUGUGUACAUUGCUGGCUGUAUUUUACUUGAGGCCUUUCAAGGGUGUAUGGUAAAAUAAGUACCUUCCCUCUGGCAGCAUCCAUUCGGCAGCCUCACCGGAACCCUGGUUUUCCCCUUUGGUGUACAAAUAAAAAUCUAUCCACCCUCCAG